AUGUAUGAUAAUCAAUUUAAAAAUUAUCUUGAUACAAUAACAUCUGUCUUUGAGAAUGUUAGUAUUCAAGGAAAUUAUAAAAUUGAUCCAUAUUUUUAUUUUUAUAUAAGUACACAUCCAUACUAUCUUGCAUUAUGCCGUUUACAAUCAAUAAAAAAAUCAGAAGAAUCAGCAAAAUUAUAUGCAGAGGAUGCUUUAUCAUUAUUUGAUGAUUAUGAAUUUAAUGAAUUAAGUAAAGAAAGUGAAACUAUACCUAAUUUAGAUAUACCAAAUGUUGACUAUUCUAAUUGGCAUAGUAGUACUGAAAUUUAUCCAUUUGAUUAUGUAUCAUCAUUUGAAACAUACAAUCCAUUUGAUGAUAACAAUUUUAUGGAUCUUGUAAAAGAAUCACUUAAUGAUAUUAGUUCAUCUCCUGUUAUAAAAACUUCAAAUAAAAAUACAUCAAUAUUUAUUAAUGAAAAUGGAAAAAAAAUGGUUCAAUAUGUUAGAAAAUCUGGAAUUAUUACAUAUUGUAAUGCUAGAGAUGCACCAGAAAUUGAAAAUAAUAAUAAACAAUAUUUCCUUAGUAUGAUUUCUUCUCGUGCAAUAUUAACUCAAUCACGUUUACCAUCAAUUAUUAAAAGAACACUUCUUACAAAAAAUGCUCAGGAAGGACUUGAGAUAUCUGGAAAGGUGAAUGCUGUCUUGAUACCUGGUGAUGGAAUAGGACCAUCAUUAGCUGAGUCAGUUAAAGAAGUAAUACAACGAAAAAAUAUCCCUCUUCAUUUUGAGGAAAUUCAUAUUUCUGGAGCUGAUUACGAUCCCACAAAAACAGUAGAGUAUGUUGAAAAAAUUCUUCGUCAAAAUAAUAAUGUUGGAUUGAAAGGAACUGUUCUUGAACCUGUUGAUGAUUUAACUUUUAAUGAACUUCAAGGUUUAAAUUUAAAGAUGAAAAAAGGCUUAGAUUUAUUUGCUAAUGUUGCCUUCAUUAAGACAAUGGAUGGAAUUAAAACAAGACAUGGAAAAGAGUUAGAUUUUGUCAUUAUCCGUGAACAAACAGAAGGAGAAUAUUCAGCCAUUGAACAUGAAAGUGUUCCUGGUGUUGUGGAAUGUUUAAAAAUAUCUACAAGACCAAAGAUUGAAAGAAUUGCUAAAUUUGCAUUUGAUUUUGCUGUUAAGCAUAAUAGAAAAAAGGUUACUUGUGUUCACAAGGCAAAUAUCAUGAAAUUAGGUGAUGGAUUAUUUUUAAAAAUUUGUCAAGAAGUGUCUAGAAAAUAUCCAGGAAUAGAAUUUGAAGGAAUGAUUGUUGACAAUACAUGCAUGCAAUUAGUAUCAAAGCCAGAACAAUUUGAUGUUAUGGUUAUGCCAAAUUUGUAUGGAAAUAUUAUUGAUAAUUUGGCUGCUGGACUUGUUGGUGGUGCUGGUGUCGUUCCAUCAUAUUCUAUUGGUUCUGAAUUUGUUGUUUUUGAACCAGGAAGUAGGCAUACAUAUGCUAAAGGUGUUGGUAAAAAUGUUGCCAAUCCAACAGCAAUGCUUCUUGCAACUUCCAAACUCCUAAAUCAUCUUCAUUUAAAAGUUUAUGGCAAUGCUUUAAAGGAUGGUGUUGAAAAAACUAUUAGAAGUGGUAAUGUUACAAAGGACCUUGGAGGUAAUGCCACAACAUUAGAAUUUACUGAAGCUGUCAUUAAGAAUAUUAAUUUGUAA